AUGUGCCAAUGCCCAAAUUCCUUCUCACGACCGAUUCCUUUUCCGCGUAUAGUGGACGCCUGUGCCAGUUACUUAGCAGAAGCCCUUCACCCAGAAAACUGUGUGGGAAUCCUGCAUCUAGCUGACGUGCAUUCGCUGGAGUCUUUGAAAGCCCAAGUCUACUCCUACAUUAUCCAAAACUUCUCUCAAGUGGUGGACCAUGAUGAGAUCCUUGAGCUUCCUGCAGAUGUGUUGGUCAGUCUGCUCCAGCAUGAUGACUUGGGGGUAACAGAAGAGGAGCAGGUGUUUGAGGUGCUUAUGCGUUGGCUGAGGGCCCGACAGGAUGAAAGAUUAGCUCAGCUGCCCCGUGUCCUCACACAUGUGAGGCUGCCCUUGUUGGACCCAUGGUACUUUGUAGAAAGGGUGGAAGGAGACCCUCUGAUCCGCCAGUGUGCCGAGGUGUUCCCACUGCUGCAGGAGGCUCGGGUUUAUCACCUCUCAGGCAAAGAGGUGAUCUCAGAGCGCACCAAACCUAGAGUGCGGGAGUUCCAGUCUGAGGUGUUUAUGAUCAUUGGAGGAUGCACAAAGGAUGAGAAGUUUGUAUCUGAGGUGACCUGUCUGGACCCACUACGCAGGAGUCGCUUAGAGGUCGCAAAACUGCCGAACACAGACAUGGAAUCUGAGAAUGAAAAUAAGAAGUGGGUGGAGUUUGCGUGUGUCACCUUCAGAAAUGAAGUCUACAUAUCGGGUGGCAAGGAAACAUUGCAUGAUGUGUGGAAGUAUAAUGCAUCACUAAACAAAUGGAUCCAGAUAGAGUAUCUCAACACAGGCCGCUGGAGACACAAGAUGGCAGUUGUUGGAGGAAAAGUGUAUGUUUUGGGUGGCUUUGAUGGAACCCAGAGAUUGAACAGUGUUGAAGCCUAUGAUCCAUUUCACAACUGCUGGACUGAGGCAGCACCCCUCAUGCUGAGUGUAAGCUCCUUCUCUGCUGCCAGCUAUGACAAAUACAUCUUUGUGAUAGGUGGAGGCCCCAAUGGCAAGCUAGCCACAAACAACAUGCAAUGCUUUGAUUCCCUAUCAAACAAAUGGAGUUUAAAAUGCCCGAUGCCAACUGAGGCCAAAUGUACAAAUGCAGUGACCUUUAAGGAGGCCAUUUUUGUUGUUGGUGGUGCGAUGAAGGCCUUGUAUUCCUACAGUCCUCUGGAAGACUCCUGGACGCUAAUAAUCCAGCUGGGUUGUGAGAGGGCCAGCUGUGGCAUUGCUGCCUGCAAUAACAAGCUCUUCAUUACUGGUGGUCGUGAUGACAAGAACGAAGUGAUUGCUACUGUUCUCUGCUGGAACCCAGAGACAAAAAAGUUGACUGAGGAGUGUGUGCUUCCACGUGGAGUAUCUCACCAUGGCAGUGUGACUCUCAGGAAGUCCUACACACAUAUACGCAGGAUAACUCCUGGAACAGUCACCGGAUGACAAAUUCAGCAGCUUCAGAGACUGCAAUUUUAUUUUACUACAUGUUUGUCCUUUAUUCAGUUCAGGGACUUGUUUCAGGCCCAUAUGAUCAAGUUUAAGCAGUAUAACAGUGUCCUCUGUUACACUGAUACUGAAAGUGUUUUCUUUUUACAUUUAACUAUGCUGUUGGUACACAACUGCACCAACGCGUAACCGGUGUGUUAAAUUUGACAAUGCAAAAAAUAUAUAUAUAUAUGCUUGCACUUUAAAAGUUACACAUUUACAGUACACUCUUUAUACAUGGAAACAUUAAUAUGUAUUCUGUAGCACUUCACAAUAAUAUUCCAUUCGUUAAUAGACACAAUUCAU